AUGUUGGCGCCUCUGCUGCAGCAGCAGCUCUCCCAGGUCGGCUGGAGCCCUCGUGUUCAGCAACACAUUGCCAGCCAGUUUGAUGGUGCAGCCAGCGUUGGCCGCCUGGACUUUCAGGCCUUUACAGGCCUCAUCGCGCAAUAUGCACCUACCGUCGACUCAGCUCGCUUCCCCGAAAUUUUCCGCGCCAUGGCCAGCAAACACGCCCAUCACCUGACCUUUGACAACUUUAUCGUCGGCUUGGCGUUGCUUAGCAGCAACACGCCGCAUCAAGAUGCUUGGCUGCCUCUGCGUUCCGAAUUCAUCUUCAAGUACUAUGACAGUAACCGUGACGAUCUCCUGCAGCUGGAUGAGAUCCUAAAGAUGUUUCAAGAUGCCUUUCCAGCGGCCAAUGAUGAAGAGUUGGCACGAGAGAUCAACUCUCGGCUCAACGUUGUCACCAUUCCACUCGUUGACUUUACUCAAAUGAUCAAGGCCGAUGGAGCGCUAGCCUUUGCGACCGAUCUGUGUCGUGCCAGCAUCUCGCUACAUCUGGAUGAUGAUGCGCAGGCAGCAGAUAUGCGAGAGCUCUCCUUAAACGGAGACAACAGUAGCCGUUCAGGGUCGGUGUCACGCCGUCCUCCUGGUGCCGUUGAUUUUGGCGGCAAGCGUCGCGACAGUGCGUUGGAGGAGGAUCCCCUUCAAUCGGUCGCACCUACUGGUGAUGACGACGAUGAGCAAGAUUUGGACCGCGAGCAUCUCAUAUCCAGCCUGAUUAGUUCAAUCGAUCGCGAGCAUAUCCUUCUUCGCGACAGCCGUCUCGGCGACCCAGAGCUUGAAGCCCUGGCAGAGAUGUUCCUGAUGUACGCAAGUGACAAUCCAAAGCUGCUGACUAAAGAGCAGCUCAGCACCCUUUUAACGGAAGAGCUCGGCGUGGCUCGCGAUGAUUGUGAUGUGUAUUAUCGCGCAUUUGCCCUCGACGAUGAAGCACCCAACGCCAACACCAUCUCUUUUCGCCGCGCUGCUCGCGAGGUCUUUCAUGAGUCUGGCAUUGACCUCAACUCGGGGUUCAUUGACGAAGCACAGUUUAUUCAGGCAUGCCUGCUUGAGGCACAUGGUCGUGGAUUCCGCGGCAGCGGCGGGCUUCUUCGCGUCACCGCCACUGAGAGCGGUGCCACACAAUUGAUGAGCGCAUCAGAAUGGGAUGGCCCAACUCCUUCGCCUAAGCGUGUGGCUGGUUCCAGCGGCAGCCGUCUGGCGCAUCAGCUCUCGCCCGUUGGGUCACCUUCGGGUCGUGUGCAUAUUCGCCGCAGUGCCGUGUACAAGCUGGGCGCGCUGCCUCAUUCGCCGGCAUCCAAGGCUAAGAUCACCCAGGCAAUCAUGGAGGCGCCCUCGCCUGUAGCUGGUGUGCCUUCGUAUAUCAUUGAGCUGGCCACAGAAGUGCUGAACGAGAUGCUGAAACCCGAGUACUUGCACAACUUAGAUGAUCAAGUGAGCGACAAGUUUACUUUGAUCAAGUUUGCCGAGCUUGAGGCUCUGCUCGCAUGUGCUGAAACAGCCUUGAAGCAGGAUAGCACCGUUCUCAACGUGUUGGCCCCGGUCAAGGUCUUUGGUGAUAUUCACGGCCAACUGGCAGAUCUGUUGACGUUCUUUGACACUUAUGGCUCACCCAAUCAUCACACGGGUGACAUUCACGCCCUUUCGUACCUCUUCAUUGGUGAUUUUGUUGAUCGAGGCAAAUUCUCCCUCGAGGUUAUGACCUUGUUGUUGUGUCUCAAGCUGCGCUAUCCCGAACGCGUUUUUCUCGUACGCGGCAACCAUGAAGAUGGCGAUGUCAAUGCCUACUUUGGCUUCAAGGAUGAGUGCCUGGGUCGCUUAGGUCCUACAAACGGGCAUACCAUCUGGGAGCGCAUGAACAAGGUUUUCGGCUGGCUUCCAUUGGCCGCCCUAGUGGAUGAAAAAAUUCUUUGCGUUCAUGGCGGCAUUGGCAAGGCAAGUCUGCCUCGCGUCUGCAAGGGCAAGGGCAAGGGCUCGCCCGUCCUCAAUUCCGAGUUUACAAGCGUGCAGCAGCUGCGUGACAUUCAACGUCCUCUGCCACAGCCCAUGACGUCGAGCUAUGCGGCCAUUUUGCGCGAUGUCCUCUGGGCAGAUCCGACAGAUAAUGACUAUUCACUAGGUAUUCAUGCCAAUACAAUUCGCGGAUCGGAGAUUUGCAACUUUGGGCCCGAUCAAGUCGAGCGGUUUUUGCAAGAGAACAAUCUGCAGAUGAUUGUUCGGGCGCAUCAAUGCGUGAUUGCCGGUUACGAAUUUUUCGCCAAGCAGCAGCUCAUCACUGUGUUUAGCGCUACCAACUACUGUGGUCGGUACGGCAACGAUGGCGCCAUGUUGACAAUCAAUCGUGAACUCGCCGUCGCCUUUAGCGUCAUUCGGCCCGGAGAUAUGCGCUCGACCUGGGCGGCUCGUCAGCCCACUUCGCCGCUGCCACCCAACUUCAGUGACGCUGAUGCCGAUGACGCUGAAGGUGUCCCAGGCCAGGCGUAGUGGUUGAAAUGUAGCCUGGCGUGUGCAGGGCCUGAGCCACUGACCACCACUUCCUUCCGAGCUUACCCGAUU